AUGGCGCCGGCGAGAAAGAGGCCGAGAGCCGCGCAGUCCGAUGAUAAAACUGCGUCGGUGCUCCUCGCUGAUUAUCGCACCGCCUGGCUCCUCGCAUCCGACGAGCCAUCAGUUGAAAUUAUCUGCAACAACGAAACAUUCAAGGUCCACACGAGUGUCCUCAAGCAGCAUUCGGAGUACUUUGACACCUGCCUGUCCAAGCCAUUCAGCGAGUCGGAUGGCGUGGUUCGCUUUGAUGAUAUCGAGCCUCGGUACUUGGCCUUUUACCUGGGAGUGGCAUACAGCUACUCAUCCAUCAUGCCGCACACGCCCCCGGCCCCCUCUAAGAAUCCCGAGGCCAAGGCACAGCGCACGCCUCUCCGAGACUAUAUAGAAGUAUAUAAGCUAUGUGAUCGGUUUCUAAGCACUCAAAUGGGCGAGUUUAUUCUCAAGUGCAUUAAGACGAGCAUUGGAGACGGGCACCGCGCCUUGUUUCGCUCGUUUGCGGAUGAGGAACAGCAAAAGGCGCUGAUGCGAGAUUUCGCGGACGGAUACGAGGCGCUGGAGCACGGUCAUGCGAUGCAAAAGGAGCUGUCGGAGCUCGUUAUAGAGUAUUUUGUCGAGGGCAUCUCGUAUGAGGCUUGGGACAGCUAUAUGGAAGAGGUGAUGCACAGGCCCAAGUUUGUGGCGCAGGUUUCCAAGGGAUUUGCGAGGAAGUUGUCAGAAGCCAUGUCGGCGAGAUCCAAGAUCAAGCGCAAAGAGCUUAGCGGCCCAUGA